UUAUCAAUCUCCUACGGUCGGGAGCGGUUGGUCAGAUUCACGGAGGUAAUUUAUAACGGGUCCGUUACCGUCAGCUAUAUACCGUAUUAAAGUAGAAGAGGAGGGUGUUCCUACCCCAAAUAGUGACAUUACAGUGAGAUGAGUUAAAAAAGUAAGAUAUGCAACAUUAAAGCAAAUCGUUACACUUCUGCCUGACAUGUUCUAGUGCUGAAAGGUUUGAGUGUUGAUGUGUGUGUCUUAAUCAACAUCUAUUGUCGCAGCGUCUAGGCACCGAGUGAAAAUUGAUUCCAGCAGCUCCACGCAUCAACAAUCCCCGGGGGUGAUUUAUCGCUAUUAAUAGGCGUAAUGCUGCGAGCUUUAUAUUCACCCCUGCUAAGCACGAGGUGCAAUACUGAAUGGAGAAGAAAAGCGAGAGUGCACAGCAAGAUUGUGAAAUGUUAGUGAAUGUUUAACGCUGUGUGAAAACAAAAUUUGCGGGCUCUACAUUCUGCCAUGGUUUAGUUGAAAUGUAAAAAAAAAAUAAAAAAAUUAAUUGUAAAAGUUCUUGCUUGCUUGAGCUGCGGAAAGCGCAUCACUCAAGGAUCGCACUACUCUCAUCAAAGGAGGCUGUGUCAAGGUGGUAAAAAAGUGAAAAAUACACAAAGCUCGUGCUUGUCGUAAGAUCGUGGAUAUCGGUGGAAAAGUUUCGAAAGUUUUUAUUAGUCUUAACGGUGUUUCUUAUUGCCAGGUGAAAUGUAUCCAUGUGCCCGCUUAGCCAUUCGUGCUGGGCGUGCGUGUCGUGCGAGUGUAAGAUCGUUCUUAGUAAAUUGAAUAAACAGUGUUUACGAAAGCUGUAAAACGAAACAUAAAAAAGCAUGUGCUACGUUAUCGUUUUAAGAAAGCUCUCUAAGUGAAAUGAAACACAGUGCAAAACGAGUAAAUUUUAAUUAGCAUCGGAGAAGUGAUAAAUCAUCUCGGGCUGGAUUAGGCGCUUUCCCGCCGUGCGGUUCGGGGUGAAUGACAGUACGCGCUCGAAUGUGCCGACCGUGUCCGUUGCGUUUCCGGCGGCGGUGGUGCUGCUAAGAGAGUAGGAGGUGGGGGGGAGUACACGAAUUAGCGUGACAGAAACUCCGGCGCCACCUUGGCCUUGGCUAUGCUAUGCACGCUCGUGGCGGUUCGCAAUGGCAGAGCCGCCGCAAAGCAUCGCUCGGACCGCUCCGGCGGGCCCAUCCCGCAUCCGGCGCGACCUGGAACGUGCAGGUGGUGCGGGGGAAAAUGACUUCCCGCUGCCUGUGGCAUGCCUGUCGCGCCCUCGUCCUCGGGAUGGUGCUUAUGUUCGUUGGCGGUGCAAUGGCCACCGUAGGAUACUACGCAAACAACUUUCCCUCGCUGUCGGACGUGCGAAGCAACAACACGUCGUCGAUACGCGUUAAAAACGAGCACCGAGGAUUACACCUGAACAAUCUAUCCUACGUCGGUCCCAUCAUCAUGGGCGUUGGCGGUUUCAUCGUGGUGGCUUCGUGCGUGAUGACAUUCGAAGCCCGAGACUCAGCGGCCAAGGUGGUCCCAGCCCGGUUCAAGCUGAACGCUCAGGGAUCCGCCCGAAAUCCUAGCCGCAACAAUAACUCGCGACGUUCCACAGGUGUCUCGAAUGGUCCAACAGCAAUCAUGGGACCGCAGACUGCCCGCUGGGAACAGCACUUGGGCGUCUUUCGAACUUCGCCCGCCACAGAGCAGGUCCCGGACCGCAAAGCACUCACGGCAGCUCUUGUACACUUCUCCAAAGCCUUAGGGACACCGAAAACGUCACCCCAUCGGCGGCCGAGCGAAAGCCAAAGCCGGCGUGUGUCACGAAGCGGUUCGGUGCCCAAUUUGUACGCCGAAAAGCUGAACGUUCCACUGCUCGCCUCCGGCUCGCCCGCCAACAUCCGGUCCGAGGCGGGUGGCCACCAUCGGCAUCAUCGGGGAUCGCGCGUCAGCAGUAUGGUACAGCGGUCGACGCGGGACCCCAUUGGCAGUGGGUUGCUACAUCCAGGGAUGCUUCAGUUUCACCGACACGCCCUGUCGGUGGACGAACCGGAACCGCUGGCCAGGACACUCAAUCAAGCCGGCUCGCACGGUUCGGUACAGUACGGGUACGGGGGCGAGAUCGUACCCGUGCACAAGCUGCGAGAUCGCAACAAACGCUCGGAUACGGCCCGCCGGCACGUCCUGUCCCGCCAGACCAAAAUCGAAAAGGACGAAUCGCUCGGCAGCCCCAAACACGGCCACAUCAGCCGACGUGCCUCCACCAUCUCCAAUACGUCCGUCUCCUCCAAGCUGAACCGGGGUAGCCGACGUGCCUCCACCAUCUCCAAAACGCCAAGCGUCGAUUCGCGCGGGGCAGCAUCCACGAUCGAAAUCAACAGCCCGGACCGGUCGCUGGUGCUCGGGCUGACGCCCCCGAGAAAGGGCACGACGCCCGCGUUCGGGCCCAUAUCGACGCCGUCGGUCGAGAAGGAGUGCCGGAGUCAGCUGUCAAUUUGCUCCGAGCCGGCGGCGAUCAGUCAACGCAAUCUCUCCUGUCAAUCGAGCUUGGAACCGUGCGUACCGGAAGAGGAAAGCUCCCCCGAGUACGAUCACACCGGCGACGAGGGUAACGGCGAGGGCAGGGAGCAGAGCAAUAAAAAACAUCCCUCACCCAACCCUGCCGAACCGUUGUCUGUUGCAAAUCCUCCCCUGCGACCGGACUCACUAGUGCUCGCGUCCAAGGAGAGGGCGGCGUCCGGGGAACAGGGAAAUCAGCAGCCCCAGCCACCAAACCGGCAGCAGCAACCCCUGUACCGUAGCAACUCGAGCAAAAGCUUCCGCAAACCCAAACCAAAGUGUGCGAGCAAAAAGCUUAGCAACGAGUACGACCAGAUCUACGUAAUUAGCGCUGGUGUCGGUGCACCGAACGGAAACGCGACCGGAAACAAUCGUUAUCCCAAUUUCCAGCAUCAGACGCGCCCGGCCGACGACGACCAUUACGAUUCGAUCGAGGUCAUACACGAGCGGCGCAGCAAAAACUUUAGCAAGUUUUCCACUGCUGGCACGAGCCCGCAAGAGACGGCUGACGGUGGGGGGCAUGAUAAUGCACCGGGCACAUAUCUGGUGUCUUCCGGUUCGAUAGAGGGCGAAUACCGGAAGAUGGGCUCGAACGUGAUUAGCGUCGUGGCGGACAUAUCGCCGGCGCCCGCAAGCAAUAUGGCGGUGGUGGAGGUGCCUCAGCAGCAGCAAGAGUCUUCUACACAGGAUGCACCAGAGCGGAUGAGUGGCUGCAGUAGUCCAACAGUGAAAAAACAGGAUGCGAGUGAAAGCAUUACGAACACGAACGUGGAAUCCCGGUCAGAAGAGAAGGACGAAAAGCAAAACAAUAACCACACGGCGCUAUCGCAAGUGAAGGAAGAUGCUGUGCCAAAGGACGAGAAAGUAGACUCACAAUAGAGCCAAUGACGGUGUAUGGUCUAACCCGGGUCAAGCCCUUAAACGAACCGGUCCUUCUUAAUGGAGUUCCUUUCACCGCUGCCCAGGAGAACGACUGAAGAUGGACGACCAGAACGCGACGGUGAUGUGUGUGAAAAUCGCUCGAUAAGUGUUGAAAAGUGGCUGCUUCCAACAUUACAGCAGCUUUCCGUCACCUCGCCGCAGGUAAGCCGCGUCAUGGGUGGGUCUGCCCUGGACCUGUGCUCGAUAGAUUCAAUUGCGUUCGUGCGGGGAUGUGUAUAAACGAACGAAGGAGGAAACAAGAGCUGCCCUGAGGGGCUGUGUUUGUUUGUGAGCAGGGACGAAAAGGAGCAGAUAGUUCGCGCGAUUGGUUGCCGAAAGCGCUUUUACUUCUUCACGACAGUUACAGCAUGGUGCAGCGAUAUGCUGCUGACAUAAAACACGAACCCACAUACACACACACAUGCAAUUGAGGUCGAAUGGUUGCAAUCGUUUGGUGCAGUUUUCGAUUACAUCGAAUGGGAUGUGCCAGGAAUUUCAAUUUGCUAGCCUUCGGUUAUUAGACUUUCUUUCGAUUAAAUUCGACACGCUAUAAGUAGGAAUGUUGAUGGAAGGUUGUUGUGAGGUUAUGAUACGAAGUCUUUAGAAUCCUGUUUUUUAUAUCGAAGUUGUUAACGAUUUUGAGCAAACAAUAUUGUAAUGUACUAUUUCAUAGUUUCGAUUCCUUAACAAUUUUUCUGUUUUUUUACCUUCAUUAUUACGAUUUUUGAAUUGUCUGAAAUUGUUAUUUUCUUCUUCAAUUCUUCAACUAUGUACACUGAUUAUACAUACAUCAUUCCUCAAAUGAUUUUCAUAGUUUUCCACCAUUCCAUCAUCUUCUUUCUCUUGAUUUGAUCUUCCAAACGCCAGAAAAGUUAAGCACUUUCAACAAUCACGAAUGUAGCAGAAAAAAUGGCGGCUGUUGUAAUUCCAACUUUUCUACCGCAAAUGUAACAUCCCACCGGAAAGGGACGUCCAUUUGUUCGCCCCAAAUCGCCAACAUCACGCUUGACAUCCUUCCAGUGACGUGGGCGGGUUCGUGAUAACUGACCCUUUACUGAAAUGUUUGGCCGCCUUUCUCUUUAUUCCAACCGAACAUCCAUCAUACAAGCAAGCUUAUCUUCAAGUCAAGUUAUACGGGUUCAGUUUGAGACUAUCCAACAGAUUUCUUCAAGUCGAUGGAAACACAGCAAAGUAUGGGCGGGAUGUUGCACGAGUGGUUUGAUAACGUUUCCUGUGUUGGACGUGUUGGCAAAGAAAAACUAACUCAAAAACUCCUUAUCUAUUGUCCUUAUCGAAGACUUGCAAAAGUAUCUGCUUGUGUGGUGAAAUUGGAGCCAAAAUAGUGAACUUGCGGUGAAGCUUUUAAUCUCUCUGCUAUGUAUUUAAACAGCAAUGUUGGCUAUUUCUGUCAACCUUUCGUACAAUUAGAAGCUAUUUUACGUUAGCUCCAAGAAAAAUGGUCGUAAAACAAACCAUCCCUAACAUUCGCAACUAAACGAGGGCAAACAUAAUGAUACCAUGCUCUCCCCGUUGCAAUAAAGCAUCAUGAUGCAAAAGUUUUAAUCUGCUCCACCGGGACAGAUCACUCGACCGAGGACCUUGUGUCAUCGGAUUACACCGGAUUGGUCCCGCAAAACUUUCUAACCACCGAGGUCAACCAUACGGUAAGUGAGUUAAUUUUGUGUGGAAAGAAUGAAAACCACCCAUCAUCGUUUGUUGUUUUCCCCCCAGGAGAAAAGGGACUUUUGGCUCGGAAAACCACAACAAUUUCAAUCUCGUUUAGUGAUGUUUAGUUUAACUUUUUGCCGUCGCUUGGCGAUGUUUAUUUUUAUCAGUGCCUUGGUUUCGUUGGCUCGAAUCAGUUAUUUCAGUUAAAGUAAUUGUUAAUUUUAUUUGAUACCAACAAACUUUUUCGUGAAGUAACAUAUGCCACAGGGAAAUAUCAAGCAGCUUAACUUUUUCAUUCUUUUUAAACAUGAACUUCCAUUUCAACUUUAAUCUAAUCAAACAGGAAACUCGAUCCACGAAGCCUAAGUGAAAGUGGUAUAUUUUCCGCAGGUGCACAUGCCAAAGUCAAUUAUUUGAAUCCGAAUAACAAACACACAUUGUGCUACCCAGCGUUCCUACACGCUUCGCUUUUUCCACCCAUUGCACCCUUCACACCGACGGCAAUGUAAAUGUAGCCCCACAUUUCAAUACAUUCUCUCUGGGGCAAUCAGUACAGAACAGACAGGAAAGCUGGGUCACGUACGAGACAAAGAGACUAAAGGAAGAAACCACCACAAACUCAAAGCUUCACUUCAAAGCAAUCGAGCCAGAACCGAUACGAUUGGGUAAAAAUGGCAGCACGAAGUGAAAUCGAAAUUGCUCUCUCCCUGCCCAAAACCAGCACCGUUCCCAAGGUUUCACGGGCCAACCGACAACGGGAACGUACCACAAAGCAGGAUAAGGUAGAAUUGAAACGAUAAAUUCAAUAUCUAACGAAUGUUUACGCUCAACACUAGCAUCGGGAUAAGGAAAUGGGAAGAGAAAGUAAAAUACGACUAACGAAGGAGAGAGAAAAAAACGAACAUAAGGAGGUCAAAUACGAGCAAGUGGAAAGCAGGCUUUUGAAGGUGUCAGUGAAGGAGCAGAAGGAGAAACAUAAAAAAAGCUCAAAGAAAAACUUUCCACAAAAAAGGCAAUGGCAAUGCAAGAACUUCAAUCGGUCGAGCGUGUGCAAAUUGGCUACGGCAUCAACUAACCACACGCCGUCACACUUACACCUUACAAGUUUGUUUGCCAUGGGAGGGAUUGUUUUGGAGAUGACGGCCCACAAAAACAAUCAAAAGCACCAAAGCCAGCCAGCUUGUUAGGGAAGCUGCUAGCUAACAGCACGAGAAAGGAGUAACAAAUACGAUGAGCGAAUAUAAUCCCACGAUGAUCAGCUUUCCGUGGACGCACGAUAGCAUGUGCUGUUAAAUGUAUGCGUGAGAAUUGAUCACAGUGGUGACAUAAAGAAGAAAACUAGAUGUACAUGUGGUUACAAUUGCAUUAGAUUAGGUUAAAAUGUGCGUGUUGUUUCAGUUUCAGUUUAAUAACCAUCAUAAACGAUGUAGUGAAGAAAACAAAUAACAUGUGCAAGGAGGACAUAUUUAUCGAAUUGUUACCUUCUACUGUAUAUGCGAUGUGUGUGCACACUUGCCUUCUUGGCGCUGUUUUUUUUUUUUUUUUUUUUUUGCUGUCCGGAUAUUGUACAGUGAGUUAGCAGAGCAUAUUUACACAACCAAGUGGUGAGUGUGUUUAUUGGGAAAACGGAAGACAAAUGACCCAAGACGAAUAGCGCAUGAAAAGGAAUUGGACUGUGGGCAGUGAAAUGAAGCUAGGAAGUUUACAAACUACACAGUAAGGAAAGGAGAAAAGGAUAUUUACAAUGGUGAUCACGAGAUCGAGGUCAGUUUACGAAAAGCUACUCUGUGAAUGGUUGGGCUUACACUCAUACAAAAGACAGUUAGUAACAGAAACAUCUGCAUGAAAUGGAACACUUUUCAUCAUUUCAUUCCACUCCUAUUUACAUCACCUUCCCGAAAACCGAUCAAUCACAGAAACUAGCCGUAACAUAGCGCUAAUUCACAAACACCCUUACGCACACAUAGAAGCACCAAAGGAGGGUAAUAAAAAAAAGGUAGAAACAAUAUUUGAGUGAAUAGAUCAGUGUCUAUUUAUUUCAUAUACGUACCACUACACGGCUAAGCAUCAAAACCAAAACAUUGUGCCAAAAAGAAACGAAGCGGACACACGCACACGGUUAAAACUGGAACUGUGUGCACUGGGUGGGCAGCAUACAGCGUGUCAACACAAAUGUGAGUGGAAAAUCAAAUUAACUCCCCGCGUAGGACCACGAGCUUCAAGUAUAUGUUGUUUGUUACGAGCUUUUCAAACCGCGGACCGUUUUCCCGCGGCAAGUUUGCGUGUGGUCAUGCAGUUGAGUAGAUUAGAGAACAGCCCUGCAACGUAGAGCUGGCAGCAUGGAAUGUAGAAGUUUAUCUUACCACUGUGGAUAAGUUUUUCUGGCACUUAUUUAGCUUUUUUUUUGUUAUAUUUUUUGAAUUUACUAUUUUAAAGGUGAAAUAUUUCAUUACCAUUCCAUGCGCUUCCUGCUCCAUGCUGUCCAGCUCUGCAUGUCUACCGUACGGAAAAUAGUUUAGAAGGGGAUGGGAACUCUCAUACCACACGCUGAGCAGCGAACGUUGUGAAGCAAAACGAGCAAUUGUUAAGCGUAAAAGUUAUAUACUCUCCGAGACCGUUCUAGCGUUUGUAUACGGAAAACUGAUAUAGAUUACUUUGAGCACUGUGUGAAGAUGGAGGAACGUUCGAUGCCUACGGAAGAUGGUAAAUAAAUGUCGU